AUCAGUGGGACGGAGGCAGGAAGGUUUCGGGUGCUGGACCGCACAGGAAUAAGGAUGUCCAUGACAUUAUGUUUCACUCACUCAUCAUCCACAGCUUGCCAAAACCUAUAGACCACUGGCCAAAUCCCUGAGAGAUCUGGAGAACGGCAGAUGAAUCACCAGCAUGUCCACUCCUGAAUAUACUCCUUCUCUGUGAAGAUGGACGUCGGGAGGUGUCCGCGGAGUCUGCAUUCACCAGUCCUCCUUUUCUCUAUUGGAAUCUUACUUUUCGUUUCGUGUUCCUGUUGUCCUCCGCCUUGCGUCUGUCCUGCCCUUGACAAUGCUACCCUGUGCAAACACAUGCUGCUGAACCUAGUCCCCGUAGAAAUCCCUCUGACUUCCCAUUUCCUGGAUCUUAGUUAUAACCGUAUCAGGUCAGUGCCACAUGGAGCUUUUAUCCAUCUGCAGUAUUUGCAAGAACUAGACCUGAGCAACAACCACGUAUCCCGCAUAGAACCAGGAGCCUUUAGUGGCUUGCCAAACAUACGCAUUCUGUUAAUUCAUCAUAAUCAUCUGAAACUUCUCCCCCCCGGGGUCUUUACAGGCAUGCCCGAUCUGACGUGGCUGGAUGUGCGAGCGAACCAACUGGUCAUUCUGCUGGAUCAGACAUUUCGAGGGCUGAAAGAACUUAGACACCUGGAGGUCAGUGACAAUCCACUACUCUUCAUAUCUCCAGGGGCUUUCCUAGGAAUGCCACUGUUGCAGAGACUGGGGCUGGAGAAGACCAAACUGAGCACUGUACCAACUCAUGCUCUUGCUGCUCUUCCACGUCUUUCAGAACUAAGGCUGGGUGGCGUUACCAGUACAGUGCUGUAUGAUCUCUCGUUUUCAGGGAUGCCGCUCCUGAGAGUACUGGAUAUGGAUCACUGGCCCUUCCUCAAGAAUCUUGGUCCACUUAGUCUGUCUGGACUGAAUCUUUCCUCCUUUUCGCUGACCCAGUGUAACCUAACCUCAGUACCUAAAGAGGCACUGGUUUCUCAAGUUCAUCUUCGACGACUAGAUCUCUCCCAGAAUCCUAUCACUAUCCUUCAAGAACAGUGUUUUAGUUCCCUGAGAAGACUGGAAGAGCUUCGGCUUUCUGGAGGAAGACUGCACUCAAUACCUUCAGGUUCAUUCCAUGGUCUUGACCACCUACGUCUGCUAGAUCUGUCACAUAAUCCCCUUUGUUGGGUAGCAGAAGAUGGACUGCCCCCUCCGGGAAUGCUAGAAAGGUUAUUGCUUUCCGGUACUAACCUUUCAUGUGACUGCCGUCUUUGCUGGCUCUUGCAUAAAAAAAUUAAUUUUGGGGGAAGCCCGCCAGUCUGUGCAGCUCCUGCAGCACUACAAGGAAUGAUUAUCCCUGAUCAUUCAGAGAGGCUAUGCCCAGAACUCUUUACCUGCCAACCUCCUAGGAUGGUGGAACAAGGGACACAAGAGUUAAAGGUUAAAGAAGGUGACAGACUUAUCAUAACUUGUCAGAGCUAUGGGGUACCAGAGCCAUCCAUACACUGGGUGCUACCACAGAUGCCUUGGACAGGAGGUACUAAAUCUACAGAGCUGGAUGUGUCGGGAAGGGUCACCACAGAACUGCCACAGAACACAUCACCACUGGCAGCAGAAGUGACCAGGUCCGUGUGGCCACCGGCACACUCCCGAAAAUGGAGAACAAUAAACAUGACACUAAUGAAGAAGUCUGUAGAGAAUGCAGCAGGGAGGAUAUCCGUCCUACCAGGAGGCUUGCUUCAGUUUUUACCAGUACAGACCCAGGACUCUGGAUCUUACCUGUGUGUGGCCAGUAACUUGGCAGGUAAUGCUACAGCUUGGGUCCACCUGGAAGUGACACCAUUUAAUGGUAGCACUCUCCUUCCGCCACUCUCCAUAGUACAUACCCAUCUGCUGGCUGUUAUUACCGCCGGGGGCGUCCUGCCUUUCAUCAGCUCUGUGACGCUCUGCUUCAUCUUUAUCUUUCUUUGGAGCCGAGGUCGUGGGAAUAUCAAACACACGGCUAACAUAGACUACAUCCCCAGGACUUCUCGGGGUACCUCACCAUCAGAAGACAAUAAAUUCACCAUGAAACUUAUCUAGGGGGUUAGUGUAACGUGCUACCAAAUCAUAUACAUUUCUUACACUCGUGAUACAAAAUAAGUGCAAUUAUAAAUUCUGCUUCUAUGUAAAGUUAACACAAGUAUUGCUUAUCACACCUAUGCACAUACGGUAUAUACCCAGCCUGAAAGAACAGACAAGAAGCAUUCAUUUUAUAGGGCACGGACCAAAGUAUAAAAAUUCUAUGCCUCCUUCCGGAAAACAUCACGUCUCUGUGAUGUCAAAAACUUGCAUUUAAUGUAAAUUCUUUUGUGCCUGAUGAAAAUGUAUAU